CAAAGUUUUAUUAAAAUAACCCUUUAGGAAAAGGAAUUUUCCUCAUACAAAUUAGAUUUGAGCUCUUAAACCACUUCUUGCAAAUAAUCUCUUUGCAAUUUAUUAAACAUUAUCUAUGUUCUUACAGAUGUGUUUGUUAAAAAUUAACUUAACUUAUCUUCUUCCAAAGCUAAAACAUAGGUUAGAAUUUAAUUUAAUUUAAUUAUUUUUACUUUUGCACAGGACUCAUUCUAAUAGGAAAUGAGAGAUUUGCCUGAAUGAAAACCAUGCAGGUAGUGAUAUCUGUCUGCUCAUUCUAAAGGAUCUGAAUGAUGAAUAUAUACAUUUCUGUCUUUAAAUCCAACAAAUUUGAAUUGAAAAGAUGGAAAAGUUAAAUAACCCUAACUCAGGCAGGAGAAGGACGGUAACAACUAUGACAUAAUAGUCACAUAGUCACGCAUGUUCCUCAUGAAUGAUUCAUGUUAUCUGUACCUUUUGGUUACCUAAUAUAUUAUGUCCCUUAGUUUAAAACAUAUUUGUUCAGCAGCCAAGGUCUGCAUUUGGAGAAAGUCUGUAUAUUUUCACAUGAACAGAUGCCAAAAAUCUCACACAUUUCUAAAAAAAACAAAACGUGACUUGAAAAUCAGACCAGGGGUGCAGCAGCAGACCUCCACUAUAAAUACAGCGAGACAACGUUGACAUCCACUGCUACCCAGUUAGACAGGUUUUGGAUAAAAAUGAGUUUCCUCCAGGUGUUUGUCUUCACUCUGCUGGCCGUUCUGGCAGCCAACGCUCAGGUCAUCAUGCCUGGCAGAUGUCCCGACGCUGUCGUUCAGGACAAGUUUGAUGCAGCAAGGUAUCUGGGUAAAUGGUAUGAAAUCCAGAGGAUGCCCUCUACCUUCCAGAAAGGCCAGUGCAGCACUGCCACCUACAGUUUGCAGAGUCCUGGUGUUGUCGGAGUCCUCAACAGGGAGCUGCUUGCAAACGGGACCAUUGAUGAAAUCACCGGGAUCGCAAAACCCGACCCUGCUGAGCCUGCCAAGCUGCUGGUCUACUUCUUUGAGAACUCUCCCCCUGCUCCCUACUGGGUUCUGUCCACAGACUACGACAACUACGCGCUGGUCUACAGCUGCACCGACCUCAGCCUGCUGCACGGCGACUUCGUCUGGAUUUUGAGCAGGAGGCCCACUAUGUCCCAAGAGACCCUCCAAGAGCUGCACAGCAUCCUACAGUCCCUCGGAGUCAGUGUGCACAAGCUGCUGGCCACCGACCAGGAUGCAGAUUAUUGUAGCAUCAUGAACCAAUAAAUUAAUGUCAUG